AUGGGCAGCGUCAGCAGCCUCAUCUCCGGCCACGGCUUCCACAGCAAGCACUGCCGCGCCUCGCAGUACAAGCUGCGCAAGUCCUCGCACCUCAAGAAGCUCAACCGCUACUCGGACGGGCUGCUCCGGUUCGGCUUCUCCCAGGACUCGGGGCACGGCAAGUCCAGCUCCAAAAUGGGCAAGAGCGAAGACUUCUUCUACAUUAAGGUCAGCCAGAAGGCCCGGGGCGCCCACCACCCCGACUACACUGCUCUGUCCAGCGGGGACCUGGGGGGCCAGGCUGGGGUGGACUUCGGCCCGUCUACCCCACCCAAGCUCAUGCCCUUCUCCAAUCAGCUAGAAAUGGCCUCAGAGAAGGGUGCGGUGCGGCCCACAGCCUUCAAGCCGGUGCUGCCACGAUCAGGAGCCGUCCUGCACGCCUCCCCCGAGGGCACCGGCCACCAGCUGCACCCCGCCCCCCCGGACAAGCCCAAGGAGCAAGAGCUGAGGCCCGGCCAGUGCUCGGGGGCUCUGUCCGACUCCGGCCGCAACUCCAUGUCCAGCCUGCCCACGCACAGCACCAGCAGCAGCUACCAGCUGGACCCGCUGGUCCCGGCCGUGGGGCCCGCCAGCCGUUUCGGGGGCUCGGCCCACAACAUCACGCAGGGCAUCCUCCUCCAGGACAGCAACAUGAUGAGCCUGAAGGCGCUGUCCUUCUCCGACGGCGGCAGCAAGCUGGCCCACCCGGGCAAGGCGGACAGGGGCCCCUCGUGCGUGCGCUCGCCCAUCUCCACGGACGAGUGCGCCAUCCAGGAGCUGGAGCAGAAGCUGCUGGAGCGGGAGGGCGAGCUGCAGAAGCUGCGGCGCAGCUUCGAGGAGAAGGAGCUGGCCUCCGGCCCGGCCUACGAGGAGCGGCCGUGGCGCUACCCCGAGGAGCCCGAGGGCCCCGAGCCCAGGAGCGGCGGGCGGCUGAAGGCCUCGCAGAAGGGCCCGCGCGCCCAGCAGGUGCUGCACCUGCAGGUGCUCCAGCUCCAGCAGGAGAAGCGGCAGCUCCGCCAGGAGCUCGAGAGCCUCAUGAAGGAGCAGGACCUGCUGGAGAGCAAGCUGCGCACCUACGAGAAGGAGAAGACCAGCUUCGGCCCGGCGCUGGAGGAGACGCAGUGGGAGGUGUGCCAGAAGUCGGGCGAGAUCUCCCUCCUGAAGCAGCAGCUGAAGGAGUCCCAGAUGGAGGUCAACGCCAAGGCCAGUGAGAUCCUCAGCCUGAAGGCGCAGCUGAAGGACACGCGGGGCAAGCUGGAGGGCGUGGAGCUGAAGACGCGGGAUCUGGAGAGCGCGCUGCACACCAAGGGCCUGGAGCUGGAGGUCUGCGAGAACGAGCUGCAGCGCAAGAAGAACGAGUCGGAGCUCCUGCGGGAGAAGGUGAACCUGCUGGAGCAGGAGCUGCAGGACCUGCGGGCGCAGGCCGCCCUGCAGCGCGACUGCACGCCCCGCGGGCCGGCGCACGGGGCCGGGCCGGGGCCCACCUUCUCCGAGGACGUCCCCGCCCUGCAGCGGGAGCUGGAGCGGCUGCGGGCUGAGCUCCAGGAGGAGCGGCAAGGCCACGACCAGAUGUCCUCAGGCUUCCAGCACGAGCGGCUGGUGUGGAAGGAGGAGAAAGAGAAGGUGAUCCAGUACCAGAAGCAGCUGCAGCAGAGCUACCUGGCCAUGUACCAGCGGAACCAGCGCCUGGAGAAGGCCCUGCAGCAGCUGGCCCACAGAGACGGUGCGGGGGAGCCGCUGGAGAUCGACCUGGAAGGGGCUGACAUCCCCUAUGAGGACAUCAUAGCCACCGAGAUCUGA